AUGAAUAGGAAUAUUCAACGUGAUAUGUCAGUAUUAUCUGUUUCAUCAACCACUGAGUUGCAGUCAUUUGUUAUUGUUGUACAAAAUAAAUUGCAAUUAGUCUCAUUUUUAGAACUGAAUUCACACAAUCCUGUCACACCUCACAAUAACACAUCUGUGAUUGGAUUAUAUCCUGUGAUGAACACAACUGAAUAUGUUGAAUGUGAUAGUCUGAGUAAAUCAAUGCGAUCUGAGUAA